GGGGCGACAAUCCCAGCCAUGCAGAUGGGGUAUCUGCGUGCCCAACAGCAGACCGUGCUUUGGGGCCCGAGCCACGGCCCCAAAAGCCACGGGGUCGGGACCCAAGUCCUCCAGGUCCCUGCGGGAGGAGGCUGGACAGCCCAGGGCGGCCGGGACCAGACGCACGGCUCUGAACGGAGACGGCGGCCACAGCCAGCACCCAGCAUGGCUAGGGGCGCCGGAACCCCACCGCGGGACGAGCGCCCGGCCGGCCGCGCCUGAGUGCGGGGCGCCCGGGGAAGCCCGCGCGCAGAGGCGGCCCGCGAGCGACCUGGCCGCGGUGCCCAGCGCGCCGGCUGCGUUUGAAGUCGCGGGCGCGGCCGCUGGUUGGCGGGCGCGGGUCACGUGCGCCGGCCGGAGUUUCCCCGACAGCUGGAGGCUGCGUGGGAUCCGGCGGCGGCUCCGAGCUCCGCGGCGCGGCCUGCCCGCCCCUCCCGCCUGCCCGCGCCCCCGCCCGCUUCCGCCCGGCUGCUUCGCCUCGGUAUUGACAAACAGCGCGGCCGCGGCGGCGACUCUCGGGUGCAGCGCUAGCCGAGCCAUGGGAGACAAGAAGAGCCCCACCAGGCCGAAGCGGCAGCCGAAGCCGUCCUCGGAGGAGGGCUACUGGGACUGCAGCGUCUGCACCUUCCGGAACAGCGCCGAGGCCUUCAAGUGCAUGAUGUGCGAUGUGCGGAAGGGCACCUCCACCCGAGAAGAAAAAGCUGGAUCACUUACCAGUAACUGGAGUUCUCCUAUUGGGUAAUCUCCACAGAUCCACAUUCUUUGAAGUUUUUGUGAAUGCCUCGAGGACCAAGGAACCGUUGAAAUGUCCAAUUUCAGGAAGGAAACCUCGGCCUGUCUCCCAGUUGGUUGCCCAGCAGGUUACUCAGCAGUUUGUGCCCCCUACACAGUCAAAGAAAGAGAAAAAAGACAAAGUAGAAAAAGAAAAAAGUGAAAAGGAAACGACUAGCAAAAAGAACAGUCAUAAGAAAACCAGGCCAAGAUUGAAAAAUGUGGAUCGGAGUAGCGCUCAGCACCUGGAAGUUACCGUGGGAGACCUGACAGUCAUUAUUACAGACUUUAAGGAGAAAACGAAGUCCCCACCAGCGUCUAGUGCUGCUUCCGCAGAUCAACACAGUCAGAGUGGCUCCAGCUCAGACAACACAGAGCGGGGAAUGUCCAGGUCAUCUUCACCUAGAGGAGAAGCCUCGUCACUGAAUGGAGAAUCUCAUUAAAGUUUAUUUUCUCCCACUUCUCAGCCACUUCUGUCAUACCAUGCAGAUACACAGAUUAUGCCAAGAAGUACCACAUUUUCAUGACAAGCAAAUUCAUGCACCGUCUACAAUUUGAAUUUUGUGGAAAACAGACAUUAGUUAGAUUCUUUUUUUUAUUAUUGCCAUUUCUGCCUCCCAAACAUUUCCAGAUUUAAUAUUUUGGUCUCCACAGUUAAAGGUGCCAUGAAAAUGUGGUUGAACUAUUCAUUAUGCAGUGUUAUUGGUAAGUCUAUUUUCACUUUUAGUUUAGUGAAUUCUAGCACAUAACUCUUGAAUUCUCUACUAUUGGCAUGUAAUGAAUUAAACUUUUUAUAUCAUAGUGCAAGCUCCCUAAAUAUGUAUUAUUUGAGAAUUGUGAAACAAAUAGUUAUAUGUAUACAGGUCAGAGAUCAACUAAAUCAGCUAUUGCUGCAACAGAAUUUUCUUAAUGGUUAUCCUCUUGAAUACACCUGCUGGUACUUGGUGUGGUUAAAUAGGAAAAUUGUUAUUAAAUAAAGAAUUUGUAUAAACUGUUGCCAAUGUUUUUGACACAUUUUACUAAAUUAUUAUUCCUGAAUUAAGUUUCUGGUUUUAUCUUUUUUUUUUCUUUCAAAGCAUUCAUUUAUUGUAAUGUUUACUAGUAGACUGGUGAACAGUUAAACAUUGAUUAUUUAGCUUUAUAAUUCAGGUUUAGUGCUAUUGUCAUUGAACACUGGUAUUUUUCUGUAUUAUAGAAAACAUUUAAAUUCAAAUAACUGAAGCAUUUGGCAAAAAUAGAAGAAAAAAGAAACCUACCAUAUUUUAAAAGCUGCAAUUUUGAAAAAGCUUUAACUUAAUUAUAGUUUUAUCACUGUUUCCUUGCCCCAAACUUAUUCAGGGUCAUAGAAAUACGAAUCUAAUCACUAUAGAAAAUGGGAACUGUUGCACAGAACUGGGAAAUAACUAAUCUUAAAUCAGUUUAAUUGGCCUCUUGUUAAAUGUAAAAAGUCUUAACAAGAGUCAUAGUGGCCUAUUUUCAGACACAACUGCAAGUUUAAGCAUAUAUCAGUAUCCUGAAAUUUAAAAGUAUUUACAGCCCCAGCACUAUUAUGUAAAAUCACCAAUAAAAUAUUUUUAUGACUACAGAUUUUGCAUUUUUGUUUACAGCGAAUGAAGUGUUUUAUGUUAUAUUUAAAAAUCUAACCUAGAAACCACACAGUACUUCUUAAAUUCUCCUAGGGUCUCUUGCUUUUUUUUUUUUUUUCCCUAUUUGUUUAAUAUGUAUCCACCUAUAGGGAACUUCUGAAAUGAACUUAAAAACAUAAGUUGAACACAGAAUAUCAUAAAGUCAUCAUGAUAGUAUAUGAAGAAAAAAAAAUGUAGACCCUGAAACUUGUGAUAUUUGGUGGUUUCAUGUGGUGAUGUAAUUUUCUGUUUAACUGCAGUACUUUUUACAGGCACAAUGGUACUGUCUUUGUAAGAUGCUAGUUGUGAAAUACAGUUAAUUGCCUACAGUAAAAGUCUGUGAUUAAAACAUCUAUAUACCUCA